AUAUCCUAAAAACUUUUCUCACACCCCCAAUCUCACUUCUCUCUCUCUCUCUCUCACACACACACACCGCAGUCUUUCUUCUUCCGUACACUUUUCCGGCCACCGGAAACCACCGCCGUUUCAACCGCCGGCGAGCUGACGUCACACACGUAACCUGACAUCAUCCUCAGAUCCGCGAGCCUUAAUUUCAAGCUUUUAGGUUUUGGUUUUGUAUGAUCUUCCUUUGUGGCUUUGUCGUUGAUUUUGCAGGUAAUUAUAAGGUGGUUGAAUUUGGAGAACGUUUGAAUAAAGAGAAGAUUUAUGGUGGGCCCAAAUGAAAAGAACUGAUGUUAUUAGCAGUGGAAGGAGGAAGGUUUUUCUCUUCCUCAGCAUCAGGCUAUAGUAACGGGCUGAACCUACUUCUUUUGGGCCAGAAAAAGGAGGAGAAGCCCAUGAGAGUUACCCCGUGGACCCAGUACCAUUUGGUGGACCAAGAAGCCGACCCUGACCUCCAACUGGCUGCCAAUAAGAACCCCCGUUGUGCCUGCGGGUGUGCUUCCUUCACCUGCUUUGGUGGUGCCGCCACAGGACUCGAGAGCCCGUCUGUGGGACCCACCCAGCAUCAGCAAACCGUUGUUAAAGACUCGUCUCAGUUAGAAAAAGUUGAAGAAAAUUCUCGGGACUCGUAUUUGGUGGAAGGUGAUGGUGAUAGUAAUGGUAUUAACGUAACUUCUCUUAAAAGCAGCUUGAAGAAACGAGACGCAACUGUUACGGUAGCGGUUGCUGUUAAUAGCGGUGACGAGGUCGAGCCCGAGCUUGAGCCUGUGUUCCAAAGUGCUAGAAGGAGUGUGCAUUGGACGGAUGUUAGAGGGGGAGAACUUUGUGAGAUUCGGGAAUUUGAGCCCAGUGAACACAGCGAUUCAGAUGACGAAUUCGAAAACAGUACUGGGAAAACAUGUUCAUGCAGGAUAAUGUAGUUUGAGGUUGUAGCUUUUGGUUGUGUUUUGCUCUUUUUAAGGAGCAAGUAUUUGGGAACAAUUUUUGUAUUAUGUCAUCAUGUCGACAUCAUCGUGCCGUACGAUCAUACAACAAAUCGCAAAAAUUUGUUGCAAAUGACGUAGCGAUCUGUAUCAUUUGCAACAAAUAUAAUCCGUUUGUUGUAUCAAGUCACAACAUGAUGACAUGAUACUAACGAGUGAGUUUUAUGCUUUUUGCUUCACCACCGGAUAUAACUUUUGUUCAUAUUCCAGUUUUUUUUCUUUUUUUUUUCUCAGAUCAUGUUAUUCUUAAAAUGUUUUGUCGUAAUUAACAAAAUUUUAUUGUUUUUUUA